AUAUCUAAGGAGCGAGACUGCCUUUCUGGAAGAAUUGGUGUUUGGAAGUGGAGAUACCAUUGAACUUUCCUGUAAUACCCAGGGCUCUUCUAUGUCUGUUUUCUGGUUUAAAGAUGGUAUUGGGAUUGCACCUACCAACAGAACUCACAUUGGACAAAAACUGUUGAAGAUAAUUAACGUGUCAUACGAUGACUCUGGGCUGUACAGUUGCAAGCCAAGACAUUCCAGUGAGGUCCUGGGUAACUUUACAGUCAGAGUAACAGAUUCUCCAUCGUCAGGCGAUGAUGAAGAUGAUGAUGAUGAGUCUGAAGAUACAGGUGCUCCUUAUUGGACCCGGCCAGAAAGGAUGGAGAAGAAGCUGCUGGCUGUGCCCGCGGCCAAUACCGUUCGCUUCCGCUGCCCGGCGGCAGGGAACCCCACUCCAUCCAUCUACUGGCUGAAAAAUGGCAAAGAGUUCAAGGGAGAACAUCGCAUCGGAGGCAUCAAAUUACGCCAUCAGCAGUGGAGUCUUGUCAUGGAGAGCGUGGUCCCAUCCGACCGGGGGAAUUAUACGUGUGUUGUGGAGAACAAGUACGGCAGCAUUAGGCACACUUACCAGCUAGAUGUGUUAGAAAGGUCACCCCACCGGCCUAUCCUCCAAGCAGGAUUGCCUGCCAACCAGACCGUGGUAGUAGGAAGCGAUGUUGAAUUCCACUGCAAAGUAUACAGCGAUGCCCAACCUCACAUCCAGUGGCUGAAACAUGUGGAAUUCAAUGGCAGUAAAUAUGGACCUGAUGGGACUCCUUAUGUCACAGUGCUAAAGACGGCAGGUGUUAACACAACGGAUAAGGAGCUAGAAAUUCUGUACUUGCGAAAUGUUACUUUUGAGGAUGCAGGGGAAUAUACUUGUCUCGCUGGGAAUUCUAUUGGGUUUUCACAUCACUCUGCUUGGCUGGCGGUUCUACCAGCUGAAGAGAUAGCGGAAGUGGACAUUGGCUCUGUUUAUGCUGGCGUCCUCAGCUAUGGGACUGGUUCUGUGCUCUUCAUCCUGGCACUUGCCGUCGUGAUUAUUUGGAGGAUGAAGAUGCCAAACAAAAAAGCCAUGAACACCCCCACUGUACAGAAAGUCUCCAAAUUUCCUCUCAAGAGACAGGUAACAGUGUCACUGGAGUCAAAUUCUUCCAUGAAUUCGAAUACCCCGCUGGUCAGAAUCACACGACUGUCAUCCAGCGAUGGGCCAAUGCUGGCUAACGUCUCAGAGCUCGAACUUCCUGCUGACCCCAAGUGGGAACUAAUGAGAUCUCGCCUGACUCUGGGCAAGCCUCUGGGUGAAGGUUGUUUUGGUCAAGUGGUAAUGGCAGAAGCAAUUGGGAUCGAUAAGGACAAACCAAACAAGUCCAUCACUGUAGCUGUCAAGAUGUUGAAAGAUGAUGCCACAGACAAGGACCUCUCUGAUCUGGUCUCCGAAAUGGAAAUGAUGAAAAUGAUUGGGAAACACAAAAACAUCAUUAACCUCUUAGGUGCCUGCACGCAGGAUGGCCCACUCUACGUUUUGGUAGAAUACGCAUCAAAAGGGAAUCUGCGGGAAUAUCUCAGGGCUCGUCGGCCACCCGGCAUGGAUUAUUCCUUUGACACCUGCAAACUGCCAGAGGAACAGUUAACAUUUAAAGAUCUGGUUUCAUGUGCCUAUCAGGUGGCCCGCGGCAUGGAGUACUUGGCUUCUCAGAAAUGCAUUCAUCGAGACUUGGCAGCCAGGAACGUGUUAGUCACUGAAGACAAUGUGAUGAAAAUCGCUGACUUCGGCCUAGCCAGAGAUGUUCACAACAUCGACUAUUACAAGAAAACAACCAAUGGUCGGCUGCCUGUGAAAUGGAUGGCUCCAGAAGCAUUGUUUGACCGGGUCUACACUCACCAGAGCGAUGUCUGGUCUUUUGGAGUGCUGCUCUGGGAGAUCUUUACUUUGGGUGGGUCUCCCUACCCGGGAAUUCCAGUCGAGGAACUCUUCAAACUCUUAAAAGAAGGCCAUCGCAUGGACAAGCCAGCCAACUGCACUCAUGACCUGUACAUGAUCAUGAGGGAGUGCUGGCAUGCAGUCCCAUCUCAAAGGCCAACCUUUAAGCAGCUUGUUGAAGACCUGGACCGGGUCCUCACUGUAACAUCAACUGAUGAGUACCUUGACCUAUCAGUGCCAUUUGAGCAGUAUUCUCCUGCCUGCCAGGACACACACAGCACCUGCUCCUCGGGAGAUGACUCCGUAUUUGCACAUGACCUUCUGCCAGAUGAGCCAUGUCUUCCCAAACACCAGCAGUGUAAUGGUGUCAUCAGGACAUGAUGACUCAACACACACACAGACAACAAAAAAAAAACUCACGAAUGUAGACUUGGGGGAGGCCGAGGACAACGGUAGUGAAGGAUCUUUGAAAGAAACUGCUUGAUAAUUCAAGACGAUUUUUGUUGUUGUUGAGCCGUAGAGGGUUGUUUUUUCUUUGUUGGGUUUUUUUUCCCCAUUUGCUGUAUAAGAAGUCAAGAAGCACUGUUUGGCCUGAAGGAACUAAUCUCUUGCCAAGAUUAUAUCUUUUUUUUUUUCCGAAAACAGAAUGUUAAGUCUAUGGGGUGCCGACCUCUUGACCUUCAGUAAUGUAUUAUUGAGUGCCAGAGUUACCGUUCUGUGCCUGCAAUACAAAGAAGAAGAAAAAAUCUUCCUUUAAAAAAAAAAAAAAAAAAAUGUAAAGAAUGUAGAAAUUCUUUGCUUAUGCAAUCUGUACAUGAACCUUUUUGGUGGAGCUGAAAAGCCACAUUGCCUGCAGGGAUUCAUAUAUUUAUAUAAAUAUCUAUAUUUUUGUUGUUGUUGUUGUUGUUGAUAUGGACUUCAUGUAGAUUUACCCAACUACUUGGAAGGAAUCCUUUUCUUUUCUUUUUUUUCUUUCUUUUUUUUUUUCUUUUUUGAAAAAGAAAUAUCUAAAUAAAAUAGUUGUGUCAUCUUAGAGUUAAUGGCAGUGGCUUAGCCAUAUAGGUCAUACCAUGCUUGCACUAGAGCUGGGAGUGACUGGUAUAUACAGAAGAGCAAGUACAUUCCAAACAGAAGGGCCAAUGAAUGGAGGUGAUGUUAAACUGUUCAUUUUUAUGUGUAUGGGGAGGAAAGUGUCAAGGCUGCUGGUAUAAAGGUACCGCCUUUCUCCAGGAAAUUGCUAAAUCAUAUCAGGCACAGACUUAUGUCUCUGGUUGUGUAACUUCUUGCCUAUUGGGGAAUCAUGGCCCCAUGAUUUUCUGCAGGGCCAUAUCUGAAUUCAGUGGUUUGCCCAUGUUUCUGAAGCUAAGGAUUUGGGUACAAUUUACUUUCAUGAAAUGGAUUUGGAUUUUUUUUUUGCCUUUAAAGGGUAAGUUCUAGUGAAGCAUAUAUAUAUGUUCAGUAGCUCUCCCCUUUAAAGUGAGCAAGUUGCCUUCGUCUAUCUGCAGUGAUUUGGAGAGAGUAAUUACGGGUACCUGUAGGCAAGAGCCUUUAACUUAUAUCAAAAAGGUUUAUUCCAGAGAAUUGUGUACAUAUCUAUAAAUAUAUACUGUAUAUAUAUAUAUAAAAGAUUGUAUAAUACUAAUGCAACAAAUCAGUACUGAGAGGGAAAUCUCUCAAAAGAAGAGCAUUGCAAUCUAGGAUAUACUGAUCUGGGCAAAAGAAAAGUUUUUGUUUUAUAUCUUCACAGUUUUGUUUUAAAAAUUGUACCUUAACAUGUAUAUUUGUAAAGUUAUUUAUAGACAUUAACAUAUCUGUUCAUUGGUUUAAAUAGCAUAGUAUUACUGUAAACUUAAAAUUUCACUGAGUUUAAGUAAGUUUUUAACUUAUUAAAAUGGAGAAAAAAUAUAUUAAUCAAGUUUUUCUUUUGUGUUUAUGGGAAAUAUUGAAAAAAUGUAUAGAUGUACAGUCCUUUAACAAAUUACAUUUAAUGUUUUUUAUAUAUAUAUAUACAUACAUACAUAUGUAUAUGUAUUCAUUUUUUUUAAAUAUUAGUUUAUCCUGGAUUGCAGUGAGCAAAGGUAAGUUUAUUUUUCAAUACAUCAUCAGUGGUUAAAUCCAAACAAAUAGGAGCAGAGAGGUGAUCUUUACUUAUUUGAAAAAAAAAAUAGGGCCAAGAAUUCUCCCAUCAAUUUAACCACUGUUCAUUAAGGGGGCGUGGGUGUUUAUUUUUCUAUUUUCGAAUGAAGGUAUUCUUUGUGGUUGACUUAAUAACAAGUAUGCAGCAAAGCUAAAUGUUGACUUUGGAUGAUGCACGUUUUUUUUUUCUUCAUUUGCUGGUACCUUUCCAUUUUGGGGUCUAAGAAAUUACAUGUGGGCAAAAUAGCAAGAGGAGCAACAUUCUGUCAAGGGGAGCUGAAAUGACUGCAUUUUUCUCUUGCAUCUAAUAUAUGUUUGAACAAUGCCAAUAAUAUCUAAUUUGCUACAUUGAAAACUGUAGGCGACUUAUGUCCGUGUGCCAAAAAAACUGCUUCAGAGCACAGAAGCAGGGGGAAAUAUAGUUUGGAGCUAGCAGGCAAUGGCAGAUAUUUUUAUGAGAACAUUUUACCUGCUACCAUGAAGAGGCAAUAUAGUAAUUGCACCCUGAUUUUUUUUUUUUUUUUUUUUUUCCUGGACAUACUACAUAUCAAUGAUUUAAAAUGACAGGGUGGCCGCAUUUCACGUUAGCAUUUUUUUUUCUUGGAGCCACAAAGUUUUGGUCAUAAAAGAAAUAAUUUAUAGUUUGAGGUUACUUCAAUGGAAGUUUGAGGUAGAUUUCUAUAGGUUUUGGUUUUUGAGAUUUUAAAGAGAAAAAAAAUUUGGGUAUUUUCUUACAGAGGUUUGCUAAUUGCGUACAUUCCCAGUACCUGAAGCAUUGGUUUUCCAGUAGUGAAAAAAGUACAAAACUGUGCAUGAUUUCAAAUGUUAUUAGAUAUUAUAAAUAUAUAUAAUUUAUUGAGUUUUUACAAGAUGUAUCUGUUGUAGACUUGUUGACUUUUUAACAUUUCUUAUUCAAUGCUUAUAUAGUUUUAUAGCCUGGACUGUUAUCUUUAAAAGCUAAAAAAAAAAAAAAAAAAAAAAAAAAAAAUAACAUUUCCAACUUUGUUACAUUUUAUACUGUUGAUGUUACAAUCCACAGAUUUGCAUAGCGUAAUUUUUUUAAUGAGCAACUCUGUUCAGUUUAUUUUAAUACUGUAUUUCUUUGCCUGGCAGCAGCAGGUGUGAAAGGUGUGAAAUGAACACUAAAUAAACCUAUUCUGCUUUUGUUAACACGGCGACUUACUUUUACCAAAACAAUAAAAAGAAAUGACUCGUUGAGUUUGUUUUCCCGCUGUUUAGGGUUCUUUAAAACAGAGCUCCUGUUUUUUCAGCAUCUGUCAUGAUGCAGUAAAGAUACACUGGCAGGACUACCCUAUAUUUUUAAGCCUGGCCAGCCCAUCAGUUUUCUACUGAUAAAAACAUUUUAACCAAUGUUAUACCAUUAUAAACCCUGUUGUGGGCAUAGUUAUACUGGUAUAAAGGUACCUUAUAUUAAUCUAGCUUAUUCCCUUCCUGUAAAGGAUUCAUCUGUAUCAAUAUAAACACCCUCAAACUGGUCAGCUUGAACCCAGCAGGAGUUUUUCCACUGACUUCAGCCGGGCAAGGAUAUCACUUGGUGUGCAGUAACUCAGCACCACUGAGUGCAGCAGAGCACAGCACUGCAGGGUGUUUUUCCAUGAGAGUCAGUGUCCCCCAAGGCCUUGGCAUUAAAGAG